CUCAGGCUCCUCAUCCACUCUGCCAAGAGGCACAAGGGACUUCCCUGACAAACUGUGCCUCAGUUUCCCUUUUGCAGGUGGUUUCUGAGCAGUGCUGAUCUCCAGGCGUUUCCUGGACCUCCAGUGGGGGGGGCUUAUAGCAGCUAAAUUCACAUCAUUCGGGUGCAGAUGGCCAUGCUGGACCCCUUGGGGUGCACCUGGAGGCUCCCAGCUCUGCUCUCACCUCCAGAUGCUGAGAAGACCCCGGGCUACUGGAAUAGAGGUGCCAGGAGAAGGCUGGAAUUGGCCCUGGCCUUGCACUCAGCAGCACAGCGGGCCAAAAACAUCAUCCUCUUCAUGGGUGAUGGCAUGGGGGUGUCCACCGUGUCAGCAGCUCGGAUCUACAAGGGGCAGCUGGCCGGUGGCUCAGGCGAGGAGAGCGUCUUGGCCAUGGAGACCUUUCCCCAUGUGGCCCUGGCCAAGACCUACACCAUCGACCGCCAGGUGCCCGACAGCGCUGGCACGGGCACCGCCUACCUCUGUGGGGUGAAGGCCAACGCCAAGACUCUGGGACUGAGCGGGGCAGCCGUCUAUGGAAAAUGCCACACCACCUUUGGCAAUGAGGUGGACUCUGUCCUGCACCGGGCCAGGCUGGCGGGCAAGUCUGUGGGCAUCGUGACGACCACGCGGGUGCAGCACGCGUCCCCCGGGGCAGCCUACGCGCACUCGGCCAGCCGGAGCUGGUACGCUGACGCCAACAUGCCCAAGGAGGCCCUGCGGGAUGGCUGCAAGGACAUCGCCGACCAGCUGAUACACAACACUGACAUCAACGUGAUCCUGGGCGGCGGGAGGAUGUACAUGACCCCCAAGCGGACUCCGGACCCCGAGUACCCAGAGGAUCCGGAUCAAAAUGGCACCAGGAAGGACGGCCGGGACUUGAUUGCAGAGUGGCUGAGUGCCAAGAAGGGUGCCCGCUACGUCUGGGACAAGAAGGGCCUGGAUGCGGUCAAAGAUGACUCUGUGAGCCACCUUAUGGGCCUCUUUGAGCCCAAGGACAUGAAGUAUGAGCUGAACCGCAACACAUCCACAGACCCCUCCAUCGUGGAGAUGACGGAAAAGGCCAUCCGCAUCCUGCGCAGGAACCCCAAUGGCUUCUUCCUCUUUGUGGAAGAUGACCACAUUCCCCUUGCAGGUGGCAGAAUCGAUCAUGGCCACCACAGUGGCCGGGCCAAGCAGGCACUGAUGGAGGCCGUGAUGCUGGACCGGGCGGUGGCACGGGCCGGCGAGCUCACCUCCCCCGCUGACACCCUGACCGUGGUGACAGCUGAUCACUCCCAUGUCUUCACUUUUGGGGGCAGCACACCACGUGGCAACUCCAUCUUUGGGCUGGCCCCCAAGAAAGCCAAGGACAAGCGAGACUACACCAGCAUCCUCUAUGGCAAUGGUCCUGGCUACAGCAUCCGUGAUGGGGCCCGUCCACAUCCCACUGGCAUGACCACAGGAGACAAGGAUUACAGACAGCAGGCAGCUGUGCCCCUGGAGACAGAGACUCACAGUGGGGAAGACGUGGUGGUGAUGGCCCAGGGCCCCAUGGCCCACCUCUUCCACGGGGUGCAGGAGCAGCACUACAUCGCCCAUGCCAUGGCCUACGCUGCCUGCCUCGAGCCCUAUGCCACAGAGCCUGGAUGCAGGGCAGCCCGCAGAGCCUCCCAUGGCACACAGUGCUCCCCACAGCCCCUGCUCGCCCUCCUGGCCCUCUGCAUGGCUGCCCUUAUAGUGAGGGGCUAAGAGGCUCUGGCUGAGUCUCACUGUGGACAAGACCAAGCAAUGCAAUAAAGCACAGGUUGUUUGUCUCCA